UAAUACCAAAGAAGAGGAAGUAGCUAGCUUGGCUAACCACAUCAGCUGUGUGCCACAUUUUUGUGAAGCUUUUGAACAGCGUUGCCAUCCAGACCUUUUUUUGUUGUUGCCAAGACUGAGCCUGUUGGCUUGUACCUCCAGCUCUAGGACCAGACAUGGCACGUGGUCAUCAAAAAGUCCAGUCUCAGCAGAAGAAUGCCAAGAAACAAGCAGAGGCCAAGAAGGCCAAGGGACAUGAUCAGAAGACGGCCGCAAAGGCAGCUUUAGUGCACACCUGCGGUGUCUGCCUGUCACAGAUGCCGGAUCCCAAAACCUUCAAGCAGCAUUUUGAGAGUAAACACCCCAAAUCACCAAUGCCCCCAGAGCUGGUCGAUGUUGACUCUGGCAUCUGAACCGGACUCCCACUGAAGACCCCAGCUAUGUUCCUUGUUUAAGGCAAACUGUCAAUGCUGAAAACAAACCCAUCUCUCUCUUAUCCACACCCUCAAACAGAAAACAACCCCCCCCCCUCUCUCUCUGAUCCACACCCUCAUGCAGGAAACAAACCCCCCCCUCUCUCUCUGAUCCACACCCUCAUGCAGGAAACAAACCCCCCUCUCUCCCUUAUCCACACCCUCAAACAGCAAACAAACCCCUCUUGUUAAAUGCCUAAUGUCUCUUUUGUUGAUCUUUCAUCCUAGUUUCCAGUUUCUCCCUGUGGAUUACCUAGAAAUAGACACAAUCUCUUUCAUUGUUUCCUUUUAGUUUAUAAUUGAAUGUUGGGUAGAAUGGAGCAGAUGUCCAUUCCCAGCUGUGAGAGGUUGAAGAUGAUCCCUGAUCUGGUGUUAGGUCUGUAGCAUUCUUCUCUUCUAGCUCUAAUCAAUGCUUUGUUUUUGGCUGAUCAAACCCAUCAUUUUUGACAGCGAUGAUCCAAGCUGAAACAUGUUGUGACUUGUUUUCUAAUUCACAUCAAACUCCUCAGCAUAAUUUGUACACUUGGAAAAUGCAUUCAUGCCCCAAUGAUGUAAUAUAACAUUCAAUAAAGUUGGCCUUGUUUAGUAUCUGCUUCAUCUGGUGGCGGAGCUCUGUAAUGGAAA